AUGAGCUCCUCGAUUAUAGAGCCAGUUCCAAACUUCUCAGAGCUAAGGACUCGCGACCUACACGGUCACCAAGGUUCAGUUCGGUCACUAUCAUGGAAUGUUUCAGGCCAUCGUCUCGCAACUUCUUCUAAUGAUAGCACAGUUCGUAUUUGGAAUCUGGAUCGCUUAGACUUUAAAUUCUCAACGGAAUUGGGAUCGCGUAGCAAUGGAUUAGUAGAACAAGUAAUUUGGGAUCCAACUCAUUCGGACCGGCUAAUGACCGUGUACUCUGGAAAAAUGAUACGUUUUUGGGACUAUCGGAGUGCUAAACCCAUCGCAGAAAUCCAGAGUGAUUACAACAACAUUUACGGAAGUUGGAGCCCUUCUGGUCGCUAUUGCUGCGUUGGAAGUCGGGAUGAUAUGCUCUCUUUUAUUGAUGCUAGGGAAUGGCAGAUUAUGCAAACAUUCCAGCAACCUUGUGAGACGAAUGAAUGCUGUUGGUCCUUUAGCGAAGAUUUACUGUACAUGACUACCGGUUUAGGCACUGUGCAAAUUAUUCAAUGGCCAUCUCUUCAACGAGUAUAUGAAAUUAAUGCACAUACUUCAAAUUGCUAUUGUAUAGAUAUUAGUCCUGACAAUGAGCGGAUAGCUAUUGGUGGUGCAGACGCGAUUGUUACAUUAUGGGAUACUGAUGAAUGGAUAUGCCAAAAUUCCAUAACCAGAUCAACAUAUCCGAUCCGCUCUCUGGGUUUUAGUUUUGAUGGUCGCUUUCUGGCGAGUGGAUCCGAAGAUCGCUAUAUCGAUAUUGCGGAUACACUUACUGGUGAACAAAUUUGGAAGCAACCGACGAACGGUCCUUUAAAUAAACUUGCUUGGAAUCCUACAAAACAUGUUUUGGCAUAUGCUUUUACCGAACCUACUAGCAGUGGCUUAAAAAUUUUUGGAAUAUAA